UUUCCUGUCGACCGUAAAAAGUGACGGAACGAUUACGCUGCAACAACGCGCACCUCACCGGUACACCAGUAGUAGUGUUUUACUCUCGGAGAUGCGGGGCUUUUUCUUUUAAAAAAAACAACAACACUAUUUUUGUAUUUCAUUUUCCUUUUAUGCAUCUUCACUCGGUCUGAAGUUGGACUAAAACGACCAUAUGAGCUCGUUUAUCGUGCUGGAGAUCUAAUGAUCUAAUCAGAGCUAACCAUUGAAAUCUCUACGACCGGGUUGCUCCAGUGAAGUGUUGGCAAAUCCAGAAGUUGUUGAUAAACAAUCAUGACAUCUCUGGGGGGCAGCAGUGCUUCGACUACAGAAUACACAGUGAGAGUCCCCAAAAAUACAAGCAAGAAGUACAACAUCAUGGCUUUUAAUUCUGGAGACAAAGUCAACUGUUCGGCCUGGACACAGGCUCGCAUGGAACGCGACCUGAGUGCUCGGCGAAUAUAUGGCGAGGAGGAGUUACCAGAGGGAGGGGCAGGGAGCGAGUUUGGCAAAAAGCAGCGCGAGGAAGCGCGGCGGAAGAAGUAUGGCAUUGUGACCAGAGAGUUCAAGGUGGAGGAUCAGCCGUGGAUUUUAAAGGUCAACGGAAAAGCAGGAAAAAGGUUCAAAGGUAUAAAGAAGGGCGGCGUGACAGAAAAUGCAUCCUACUACAUCUUUACGCAGUGUCCUGAUGGAGCCUUCGAGGCUUUCCCCGUUCACGGCUGGUACAACUUCACGCCGGUGGCGAAGCACCGAACUCUGACUGCAGAGGAAGCUGAGGAGGAGUGGGGCAGGCGGAACAAGGUGGUGAAUCACUUCAGCAUCAUGCUUCAGAGACGCCUCCGGGAACAGGAGCGGGGCGAGGAGGAUGACGAUGACGCCGACAAACCCGGAAAGAAGAAAAAGAAAGGGGGCGGGAAGGGUGGAGAUUUGCGAAUUCAUGAUCUGGAUGAAGACCUGGAGAUGAGCAGCGACGACAGCGACAACAGCAUGGGAGAUGAUGGAGAAAACAAAGCAAAGGCAAAGAAAGACAAAGCCAAAGGGAAAGCAAAGAAAAAGAAACAAAAGAGCAAUGAGAAGGAUGCCCUGGAAGACAGCGAUGAUGGAGACUAUGAGGGUCUAGAGGUGGAUUAUAUGUCAGAUGAAAGCAGUUCAGAGGAGGAGCUAACAAAGGAGAAGCCAAACAAACAGGAGGAGCACCCUAAAGGCAUAGAUGAGGCAUCUGAGAGCGAGGAGGAGAGCGAGGAGGAGAACCAGAAUGAAGAAGAAGCAAAGGAGGAAGAAGAGGAGGAGGAAGGAAAGAAGACUCCGGUUCAGGUGGAAAAGAAAAAGAAAAAAGACAGCAGCGGGGAGUCAGAGACUUCGGACGACAGCGACAUUGAGGGAGAGACGGCCUCUGCUCUGUUCAUGGCGAAGAAGCGCACGCCCCCCAAACGUGCGGCAGGCCGCGGCUCUGCAGGCAGCUCCAGGACCAGCAGCCGUCCAGGGACGCCCUCCAUCGACUCCGGCUCCACCUCCAGCACGCUCCGGGCAGCCGCCAGCAAACUAGAGCAAGGAAAGAGACCGCCACAGGGUCCUAGUGCCGACUCGCCGGCGGCCAAAAGGCUUAAAAUGGAGCCCAGCUCUCAGAGCCCAGGACCCUCAGGGAAGAGUACACCUCAACCUUCAUCAGGCAAAUCCACCCCUAGUUCAAGUGAUGUGCAGCUAACCGAAGAAGCGGUUCGGCGCUACUUGAUCCGCAAACCGAUGACCACCAAAGACCUGCUGAAGAAGUUCCAGACCAAGCGUACGGGUUUGAGCAGCGAGCAGACCGUCAACGUGCUGGCGCAGAUCCUCAAGCGUCUCAACCCGGAGCGCAAGAACAUCAACGACAAGAUGCACUUCUACCUCACCGAAUGAUGGCGCUCGUCAGCGACCCCUGGCUGUUGAGCCGACGCGUGGGAGGCCGCCGCAAAAGUCCGAAUCUUCUACAUUCGGCUGUCGUUGCCUGAAAACUUUAGCGCCGAGUCAAACCUCUGGACUGUGUUGUGAAAAUAGUUUAACGUAGAAUUUUGGAUUAAGAUGUUACUCCUGCUUUUUGUUCUUAAAUCUUCUGUAAUAAAAUGUUAAUUUCAGUUAGUUUCUUGGUCUGUUGCUAUUUGGAAUAAAACUAUGUACAAAAUGGGAA